GUUCUGUUCUCGAUAUAUUCUACCCCGUCCCAUACUCAUCUCAUCUCAUCCCAUCGGAUCCCCAAGAUUUUAGCCUUUUUCUUUCGUUCGGGUCAUUUCUGUUGCUUCUAUAUGGCUCUUAGAUCGUUUGGUCUGACCUAGAUUGGAGUCUGAUAUGAUCUAAUGUUAAUGCAAUGGCACCUCGUACAGGCCCGGCGUCGAGACUGUGGUUGCGGCGGAGGAGAGUCGGCGGAGUAUCGAGAGGGUGCGACUCAUGAUAAAGGAGGGAGGGUUCUCAUUUGCUGUUAUGCAAAGAAAUCACCCGACAGAUGAACAAACUAGUGAACCCGAUAACGACACCGACGAGAACGAGGCAUCGGCGGAGGCGAGAGUCAUUGGAUUCAUCGGCAUCACGAGCCCACCGCAGAUUUUUUACAUUUUCCAACGAGCGUCUUGGGGAUUGGGGUACGCCACUGAGGCGCUGCGGGCGUUUUUAGGGGCGUUUUGGGCUCGACAAAGAGGACCCGACGGAACGGACUGCGGGCCCGACGGCGAACGGAGAUUGUCUUCGAGGCCGGAGGGCAUAGAAGGAGGAAGAUGGCAUGGAGAAGAGGAAGGACGAUUUGGGGAUGUAUUGGAGGCGCAUGUCCAUGAUGGAAACGUAGGCAGUGAAACGGUGCUGCGGAGGUGCGGGUUUGAGUUUGCGUGGGAGACGGUCACGUCUGCGCAUGGACGGGAUGAUGUUAGGUGUAUGGUGUAUCGAAUAGAGCGGCCGCAAUGAGAGUCUGGUCAGUCACUCGUGUAAGACGUCGUCACGCAAGGAGGUCACUCGAGGAAUUGAUGGUUAGGAUCAAA